CCGGAAAGGUUGUCAUGGAGAAAUCAAGAACGUACUGUAGCGACAUCUAGUUUGAUUUCGAGAACUGAUGUUUUUUUUUACAAACUUCCUCAUUCUUUAUGUUUUAUCUUGGAAGCGUGGUUUGAUUGUGUAACUUUAUUGUGAAUAAUUAAACGUUUGAAACUUAAGAGAUAUUUAACUUAAGAUUUGGUGUUAACCUGCACCUAAAAAAAUAUCAAGAGACUAUUAAAACAUGAAGUGGCUGUAUGGAUGGAAGUCCUUUGCCUACCCUGAAGCUAGAAAGAAUAAAAAUAUCAAUUAUUGUUUAGGUUAUGAAAAUUGUUAAUUUUAAUUUGACUGUUUACGCUUUUUUGUAGUCGGAAGCUGAUUAAAUCAUAAAUGCAGGUUUUUUGUUAUUGGAAAUGGCGUUAUUUAAGUUGAUGAAACAUACAUGUACUUUAAAAUCUCUGUAUUGUGUUAACAAUGCCAUUGUUUCUUAUUCACAGAAACAGGAAUUGAUCUCGAAUAUUACUUACGAAAAUGCCUCUUCUAAUAGUUUGAAUGAAACUUGUGAAGAUUUAUCUUCUUUUACUCCUUAUUACCCAAAAACAUUCAAUUUAGCAGCAUAUAUCAAUAAUUCUGAAUUAUUACAAAAUUUGCUUCACCUUAAUGUAAAUUUGAGUAAGAUAGAGAAGAAACCAUAUAUAGCGGAAAAAGUUUUGAAACUUAACUCUGAAACUAUUGGUAAUUUUAUUCUUUUCAUAAAGGAUUAUGUUGAUGCAAAUGAAAUCGGUAAUUUCAUUACAAAAAAUCCAUUAAUUCUGUAUGAAUCACUUGAAGAUCUUAGCAUAAGAAUAAACUAUUUACAUUCAAAGCAAUUCUCCAAUACUGAAGUCAGAAGAAUUAUUUCUAAAAAUCCUUACUGGCUUAUGUUCAGCACUACCAGAAUUGAUAGAAGAUUAGGAUAUUUUCAAAACAAAUUUAAUCUUUGUGGUUCUGAAGUCAGGGGUUUAACUGCAAAGCAACCAAGAUUGAUUACAUACAAUCUUCAUCAUGUUAUAACUAAUACAUUUGUUAUUAAAGAAGAAAUGGGAUUUGAAGAUCAAGAAUUGAAAAAAUUACUUUUAGAUAAACCAAAGUUGUGGAUGCUGAAUCAACGGGCGCUUUUGGAGAGAUUUAAGUAUAUCCAUAAUGUUAUGAAUAUACCUCACUCCAUUAUACUUCUUUGCCCAGAGGUAUUGUUAUCUAGGAAUUUUCGGGUAAAACAACGUCAUAUGUUUCUUAAAAAGCUAGGAAGGGAUCAAUUUGAUCCUAAGAAGGAAAAUUUUGUUCCACUUAAGGCAUUAGUAGAGGGCACAGAUGUAGAAUUUUGUAAAAAAUAUGCAAAAUGUAAUGUGAGUGACUUUAAUACCUUUUUAAAGACAAUAUAAAGAAACUAUCCAGUUUUUCCAAGUAAUAUCUUAUUUUGAAAGGCAUUAAGUGAAUGAUAUAAUAAUGUAUCAAAUAUACCAGCAACUGUGAAGACUCCUCCUAUUAUAGCACAUAUGUUAGUAGCAAAAUGACCGAUGGAUCUGUAAAUAAAUAAAAAUGUAAAUAUUAUUUUUUUAUUAAACAGUUGUUAUAUCAGAAAAUAUUUUUUUUUGUCUUAACUUACCUUUCUUUUUCUGUAUAUUUUACCAUAAGUGGUGAGAGUUCAUAACUAAAGAAGGCACCGGGCAUACCAGAUUCAGAGUUGACAUUCGACACUGAUUUUUGAUGUCGUGUAACCGAAAAUUGGUUUGUAUAUAGAACAGACUUGUCCAACUUAACAUACAUAGUUGGAACAAUUUUUAAAUAAUAUUGAAACAUUACAGCACCUGAAAAGAUAAAUAUCUUAGAGUAAGUAAAUAGAAGUGUGAAAAGGGCACAUAUGUGGC